UCUAACCAUAAAAUUUCGAAGCAACGCAAAUCUUGUUUCCAUCUGUUUCCACAUUGAAAUUUGUUGGAUCGCUUCACGAUUAAUGAAUAUUAUCAGGGUUUUUUGUGCACUCCUGACUCCGAAUUAUCUCACUUCUUAGCUUAAAUAACAACGUGAUUAGAGCUGACAAUCGGCAUCUGACGUGACGAGAUCUGAUCCAUAUCGGAUCUAUCGUACGACAAUCAGGCUGAGAGAAUCGCAAUCAAAUUAUGACAGAACACGAAAACGAGGAAUUGGCACCAUCGAAUCUAGGCACUCUCGAAUUCUGGGAGAACGCGUACGCCCAGGAGCUCGACAACUUCCGCGAUCACGGCGACGUGGGCGAGAUAUGGUUCGGCACCGCCAAUUCGCGCAAGAUCGUACGGUGGAUUACCACAAAAUUAAAUUUAAACAGAGAAAGCGAUAAGAUAAUUGACGUAGGAUGCGGUAACGCAAUGACCUUGGUGGAACUCGCGAAGCAAGGAUUCGCAAACUUGACGGGAGUGGAUUACUCGCAGAAAGCGGUAGAUCUCGCUCGUAUGGUGUUGAACGAUAACAAUUUACCAAAUGUGAAAUUAGAAAUCUGCGAUAUUCUCAAUAAUACGUUGCCUAAUGAUUUUAAAAUCGUUCACGAUAAAGGCACUUAUGAUGCUAUUAGUUUAAAUCCGGAAGAUCCAACAGCGAAGCGACAGAAAUAUAUAGAAAAUAUAUAUCGCAUUCUUCUGCCGGAAGGAUAUUUAGUAUUGACUUCCUGUAAUUGGACCAAGGAAGAAUUAUUAAAACACUUUUCGAAUCAUUUCGAACUCGAAAGUCAACUUCCUACGGAUACAUUUCAAUUUGGUGGACAGACAGGAAACACUGUAACACAAUUGGUAUUUAGGAAAAAGAGACAAUGAGAAAAUAUUUUGUAUAUGUACUACAUCGCAGUGUAUUACAUCGAAAUAAAUGAGAUACUUAUAAUCUAUAAAGAGAUUUUGAUCAUCACUUGUCAUACAUAAGAAUAAAUGUUUCGAAAAAAUUCAGAUUUUAUUUGUGCACAAAAUGUUUCAAAUACAUAACACGAUAUUAUAGUGAGGUUAAUUAUUAAUUCUACAUAUUC